AUGGGGUUGCGCCGUCGUCUGAUGAUCCUGAAUCCUGAUCAGAUGCAGUCAUUGGGCCCUGGUGGGUGCCGAGACGGACCCAGUACUAAAAGUGAAAGCCAGGAAAAGGAAAGAGACCAGAAACAGCCGGUCCGCACCUGCAGCAGAAGCGCACCUUCUUCUCCACGAUCUAAGCCUAAGCCUAUUUUUCGCUUCCAUACCCCGUACAACCGUUGGUUUGAGCCUUGCGUGCAGGAAAGCCUUAAAGAUACUUGA